AUGUCCUCUCUAAGAUAUGGCUCUCGCUGUCUUAGAGAUCUCCGGCCGACCGUAACUCGACAAUCUCAAUCUAUAAGAGCUGCUACAAGCUCGAAAUCGCGCCGAUCGCUUGCAACAUCAACAGAUAGCCAUGAUAAUGAAUCGAGUGCAUUCUAUCGGCUCAUGCAGGCUGCUAGAAUGGAUGCUGAUUCGCCCUCACCGGUAUUGGCUCACCGGCGUCCUAUGCCGGUCUCCCCGUCAUACUUCUCACGGCAAACAGAAUUCAACGACAGUUUCGUCUUAGUCCAGGAUCUUGCCCGGAAAUAUGCACGACUUCCCACCGCCGCCCCGAAUCAAAUUGAGCGGGUAGCGUGGAAGACGAAGGAGCAGUAUCGGUUGUCAAUUGGUGAAGCUGUAAAAGCAAGAGACUUCGCAGUCUGUAUUAGAUUGGUUAAGAGAUUAAGUCAGAUUCACCCCGACUUAAUGCCCGAGGAGGUCAUUCAAGGUAUUAAACCGUUCAAGCGAGAUAUCAAUAUAUACCUCAACAAAGCAAAGCAAAUUCCGGUCGAUAAGUUUGGCAGGUCACACGGCGUUGGCAGGCGGAAAUCCUCAAUAGCAAGGGCCUGGCUUGUAGAGGGGACAGGAGAAGUUCUCAUCAACGGAAAGACCAUCAAUGAUGCAUUUGGACGAGUUCACGACCGAGAAAGCGCACUCUGGGGGCUGAAAACAAUGGAGAGAAUGGACAAAUACAAUGUCUGGGCUCUUGUGGAGGGCGGUGGAACCACUGGGCAAGCUGAAGCGCUUGCGAUGGCCAUCGCCAAGGCUUUAGCCGUCCACGAGCCGGCAUUGAAGACACCUCUAAGAAAAGCUGGGUGCCUUACGCGUGAUCCGAGAAAGGUCGAGAGGAAGAAGGCUGGUCACGUCAAGGCAAGGAAGAGCCCCACAUGGGUCAAGAGAUAG